AUGAAAUGAGAUAUCCUGCCGAAAUCGGUACUCGUGAGUCCCGAUCUAGGUUGUAGUGGUAGAAACUCUCAAACCCAGUGGGUUAAGCAACUUAACCUCGCACUGAGCCCGGACAAACAGAUAACACGAGGUCGCUUAGUCUAUCUCCAACUAUUUCUCCUUCCAAAUCCCCCUAUUUAUACCUUCUAUUCAUAUUUAAAUAUCCCUUCCUCAUCCAUUCUUGAUUCUUCCUCCUAUUUUUUGUCCUCUCCAACCAAUCCAUCCAUUCAACUUCCCUUCACUCUUUAACUGAAUUAUUUAUCUUUUAUAUAUCAGUUUUGGAAUUUUAAAAAAUAAUACUAUAUUUGUAGUACUAUAAUACACAUUGUUAUAUAUUAAUUAUACUAAAAAUAUUGAUUUUACAGUUAAAGCACUAAUUAACGAAACGGGGAGAUGUGCAGUGGAGCACGUGGUCACAUGCGCUAGCCCGCACAAUGGGCUCCGUUGGAGCGGCCAGCACUCCAUUCCUACACCGGCCGAGGGACAGGAGGAGGAGGCCGGUGUGGUGUUGGAGACUAUCUCCAGCAAAUUUUAUAUCUCACUCUUUAUUUUAAAUUUUAUUUUACAAAUAAUAUAAUAUAUAGUGUAAAAUAAUAUUUUAUACCGUCAUUUGCACUAUUGUUAGAGAUGAACUUAUCUCCACUCCCCACCCGACCCCGGAAAUAAAGAAAGCUCACGCUUCAACCAACGCUGCGUGCGUCCCCUUCAGCUUCAGGUAAGCGCGCGCCUACCAUUCGGACCAGGCAUUCCCACGGGGCGACCGUGUCUUCCUCCUCGGUCACACACCAUCGCCGUCGCCACCUCUAUCUCCUUCUCCGUCUCUCUUAUCUAUUCUCUGCAGGGGCAUCAGCAAUAAGUUCGCGGUCGCCUUUCUCUCCUCUCUGCCCCAGGGCGAGAGACCUAAGCCAGAACAGCACUACCACCACCGCCGGUAUAUAAAGAGGCUCCCUUCGUCACCCGUACCGGAUUACCAACCCAACCGAACCUGUACCGGGCGGCGGGCGCAAAACCGCGUGGAGCACCAGCGAGGCAUCGGCCGACAGCGUUGAAGCUCUACCUAGCGGGAUGUAUUUCUUCAUGUCUGGUAGUAUAACAAGCCACUGAGGAGAGCGGGCACGGAGCUUCGAUCGAGCAGUGGCGUUGCAGCACCUGAGCGAGAAAGUGAGCUGAGGCUGGGAGAGGGAGGGAGGGGUCAUCACAGUUCAUCCAUGGUUGUGCUUGUCCAGAAGCCGUGGCUGCCCAUCGACCUGCGUCUGCCGGCAGGGCCGCAGGCGUCGCUGGGCAUCCUGGCGUUCGAGGCGGCGGCGGCCAUGUCCAGGCUGCUGUCGCUGCACCGGUCAUUGUCGGACCAGGAGGUCUCCCGGCUGCGCUCCGACGUCAUGCGCUCGCCGGCCGUGGCGUACCUCAACUCCACCGACCAGGCGUUGCUCCUCAAGCUGGCCUGCGCCGAGUUGGUCGUGUCGCUGGACGCCGCGGCCGCCGCCGUCGCACGCCUCGGCCUGCGGUGCGGCCUCGACUUUGGCGGCGUGUACGCCUGCCUCAAGGCCGGCGCCCCCGAUGCGCGUCUUGAUCCGCUCGUGGCCAAGGGGCUCAGGGUCAAGGCCAAGAAGAUGGAGCGCCUCGUCGCCGCCACGGCCAAGCUCUGCUCCGAGAUGGAGGCGCUCGACGAACUGGAGUCCGCCGAGCGGAAGAUGAGCGUCCAGGGCUGGAGCCGCCUCAGCGGCCCCAUCCCGCAGCAGCCACAGGCGGCGGCCCAGCAGCAGCAACUGUUGGCCAAGGAUUCACCCGGCGCGGAGUCGCUUCGGCAGGAGCUCAAGACGCAGCAACUCAAGGUGAAGCGCCUCAAGGAGGAGUCCCUGUGGAACGAGAGCUACAAGAAGGCCGUGGGGCUCAUGGCGCGCGCCGCCUGCGCGGUGUUCGUACGCAUCUGCUCCAUCUUCGGCCCAUUCGUCCCCGGCCUCCCGCCGCCGCUGCCGUCGGCCACCACGGACAGCGUCCAGACCCGGCUGUCGAAGCUGCUGCACCCGCGAUUGGGGAAGACGAAGGCGUCGUCCGGGCCGAUCACGCGUCGGGACGGCCCCUCCCACCGCGUGCACCCGCCGAUGAGCAGCAACUCGUGCCCGAUCAUCGGGCGCCACCUGCCUGGCCACAACCCCCACACCAACUGGCGCAAGCUCCUGGACGCACCGCCCAGCACCGUCGGGAGCGCGGGGCUGGACCAGCAGUACGCGAACGUGAUCGCGUCCGCGGAGGAGCUGCUGCGGAUGGAGGCUGAGGGCCGUCAGGAGGAGGCCGCCGCAGAGCGCGCCGAGAUGUACGAGAUGCUCCCGGCGAAGCUCCGCGUGGCGGUCCGGUCGAAGCUCCGGGAGUGGUGGCGCGACCCGGGCCCGCUGGACGAGGCCCUGGCGCGGGGGUGGAAGGAUGCGGUGGACCGCAUCAUGGCGUGGCUGGGGCCGAUGGCGCGCGACACGCUCCAGUGGCAGGCGGAGCGGAACAUGGACCGGACGCGCCGGUUCGACGGCGCGCCGCGCGUGUACGCGCUGCAGACGCUGCUGUGGGCGGACAAGGAAAAGGCCGAGGCGGCCAUCGUGGAGGUGCUCGUCGCGCUGAGCUGCAUCUGCUGGUACGAGGAGCGCCGGAGAGGCUCCGUCCGUGUCGGUUGAACCGUUCGACGCCUUCUUGCCCUCGCUCGUCCGGAUCGGACGCUUUUUCUCCCUUCUGCGUUUGUCAAAGCUUUGAUUUGGAGAGUUGAUAUUUUUUUGAGCCAGUAGUAGUAUAUAAGAAGUAGAAGUUAGAACGGAGGCGGUGAUGCGCUCGGCUCAACGGAUGGCGAAAACACAAGACUGUACUAUCACUAUCAGCAGUAACAGUUGAAACGAAAAUUGGUUUUCACGUUGGGGCCUGUCUCCCUUCUCUCAUCGGUAUCGUGCCGGUGACAGAGUCCGGUGUACAGAAAGUAAGGAUUGUGCAAUAUACCAGCGGGUGUUUGGAAUCAAAGUAUUUUUAUAGUUUUGAGACAAAACUAUGAUAGUACUUUUUCCAAAAAUGUUUGGCUACCUUGUAAAAAACUCUAUUUUGAAUACCAUGGUUUUAUAGAUAUCAUGA